AUGGCGCUAAAAAAUUUUAUUGAAGACGACAACAAAACAUUCGAAGAACUAGUAUGCCUUUCCGCGGAAUUUCUCAGAGGUGUAGAUGGCGAGCUUAUCUUUUUAUCAGCGCUAAUUAUUUUUCUUUCCAUUUCUGCAUUUCUGAGGAACACUCUGAUCCUAGUUGCCCUACACAAGGAAACUUCACUUCAUCGGCCGUCCAAACUCCUGUAUCGUAACAUAGCGAUAACUGAUCUCUGUGUUGGUAUCAUUGCAGAGCCUUUGUAUGUAACUUAUUGGACUUCUGUCGUGAAAGAAAGAUGGGGUAUUUGCUAUCACGCAAAUUUGGCAGUAGGUAUCUCAGGUUAUACUUUGUGUUCGGUGUCUUUAUUAACAUCUGCCGCAAUAAGCGUGGACAGACUUCUCACCUUGUUGCUGGGGCUCAGAUACAGACAAGUUGUAACUUUGAGAAGAACAUGUAUAAUUACUUUUGGUUUUUGGAUUUUGUCCAUCGUUGGUUCAUCUACUACAUUUUGGAAUCCUCAUAUACUUUUUUGUCAUCAAUACAUAAUUACAGCUCUGUGUCUAGUCACAACAGUCUUCGCUUACACAAAAACUUCCUAUACUCUGCGUCAUAAUCAAAUACAUGUUCAGAACCAUGUUGCUCAAGGACAACCGAGCCAAGCAAUUCCUGCACUGAACAUAGCUCGAUACAGAAAGGCAGUGUACAGUACAAUGUGGUUGCAGGGAACAUUGGUUGUUUGUUAUCUGCCGCUUAGUAUCGUGGGCGCUUUGAUACCUCAAAGAGGCAUUUCUUUAAUAUCCGUUUACCGUGCACGGCAAUUUGCGGUUACACUAGUGUUCUUAAACUCGUCAUUGAACCCGUUACUGUACUGUUGGAAGAUCAGAGAAGUAAGGGAAGCUGUAAAAGAAACAUUAAGGCAAAUGUUCCGUUGUUGGAGUUAG